AUGAAUAAAGUUUUUCUAAUCAUUAACUGUAUAAUUCUAACUAUAGGAACUUGUGGUGCCCCUUUGAUCAUGCGUCUUUACUUCAUCAAAGGAGGCAAAAGAAUUUGGCUAUCAUGCUGGCUACAAACUGUUGCUUGGCCAAUCAAUUUCAUCCCUUUAGCCAUUUCCUACUUGUAUCGUCGCAAUAAUAAUAAUAGCAGCAAGCUCAUUCUCAUGACUCCCCGAAUUUUCAUGGCCACUAUUGGUAUCGGAAUCCUACAAGGACUUUCCAACUAUUUCUAUUCUUAUGGCGUAGCCAAAUUACCCGUCUCCACUAACGGACUUCUUAUUUCUACGCAACUUGCUUUCAUUGCCUUUUUUGCCUUCAUUAUUGUGAAGUUGAAGCUCACUUCUUACUCCAUCAACUCCGUAUUUUUGUUGACGAUUGGUGCAGUGGUUUUGGCCCUACACUCCGGUGGUGAUCGACCGGAGGGAGAGACGAAUAAAGAGUAUAUAUUAGGGUUUAUCAUGACCCUAGCAUCUGCUGCAUUGACUGGCCUUAUUUUUCCUUUGGUGGAGUUGAUAUAUAAAAAGGCACAACAAGCAAUCACUUACACAUUUGUAUUGGAGUUUCAAACAGUGUAUUGCUUUGUUGCUACUGUGUUUUCAACUAUUGGAAUGGUCAUAAACAACGAUUUUCAGGCAAUUUCUGGGGAGGCAAAAGCAUUUGAACUUGGAGAAGGAAGAUAUUAUGUUGUAAUAAUAUGUAUUGCAAUAGUUUUGCAAUUCUACUUCUUAGGGACUAUUGGAGUCAUCUAUUCUGCUUCUUCUUUGGUAUCUGGCAUUUUGGCAACAUUUCUGCUUCCUGUUAACGAAGUAUUAGCUGUUUUUCUUUACAGCGAAAAAUUCAGUGCAGAAAAAGGAAUUUCUCUUGCCCUUUCUCUAUGGGGAUUUGCUUCAUACUUCUAUGGUGAUUAUAAAGAGAACAAGAAGAGAAAGAAUGAUCAAUCACCGGAAACAAAAACUAUUGAUAAAACUAAUUAUACUCCGUGA